GGGGCGGGGCGGAGUCGGAGGCGUCCGGGUAGGAACAAAGCGCGGCCUGCGGGCGGCGGCUGGGCUCGGCCGGUGGGGCCCCGGGGUGCGGGCCCCGAGGGCGGCAGCCCGAGCGGAGCUUUGGAGGGAAGGAGUCGGCAUCGUCGGCCCGGCCAUGAAUGGGCUGCCUUCGGCCGAGGCGCCGGGCGGCACGGGCUGCGCCCUGGCCGGACUCCCGCCGCUGCCGCGCGGCCUCAGCGGGCUCCUGAACGCCAGCGGGGGCUCGUGGCGGGAGCUGGAGCGCGUCUACAGCCAGCGCAGCCGCAUCCACGACGAGCUGAGCCGGGCGGCCCGCGUCCCGGAAGGGCCCCGCGGCGCCACGGGCGCUGCCCACGCCGGACCUGCCGCCGGUCCCCCCGGCCCGCGACGCCCUGUCAACCUCGACUCGGCGCUAGCGGCGCUGCGCAAAGAGAUGGUGGGGUUGCGGCAGUUGGACAUGUCCCUGCUGUGCCAGCUGUGGGGCCUGUACGAGUCAAUCCAGGACUACAAGCACCUGUGCCAAGACUUGAGCCUGUGCCAGGACCUGUCAUCUUCCCUGCAUUCAGACAGCUCCUACCCACCUGAUGCUGGCCUAUCCGAUGACGACGAACCUCCUGACGCCAGCCUGCCCCCAGACCCACCUCCCCUCACUGUGCCCCAGACGCACAAUGCCCGUGACCAGUGGCUGCAAGAUGCCUUCCACAUCAACCUCUGAAGAGCUGGGGGGAGGUGGGGCAUGUACCCAUGCAAAAGGCUCAGAAACGUACCCCUCAGCAAGUACUCAGACUGUAGUGUGCUUCCCCCUCACCACCUCCACAGGAGGGAAGGCCUGGUCCCUUAGAGGCACAGCUGCCAACCUCCUCUCCCGUCGGGUUCCCUGGCUCUGGGCAGGCACCUGGGCUACAGCCGCUGGCCCUGGCGCUGGACCUGCACUUCUCCGUGUACGCACCUCGGCUUAGCCAACCUUCAGUCAGUCCGUGGGCCCAGCGCAUCCUCUCUCCCUUGGUAUCUCGGACUGGGAUGCGUAUCUGACUCCCAUCUCCUCUUCACCUUGUGCUGCUGUUGGCAGCUGCUGGCUCAGGGGCAUCCCACCUCCGGUCCCUGGGUUCCACUGCCCUCGACCAGGGCUCCAGGACCCAGUCUGGCACCCGCCCGCAGCCGGGAGGGCCAAGACUCUGCGCAGGAUAUUUAAGUCGAGGGGCCAGCCUCCUGGGCGCAUAGAUCAAUAAAUCCUCUCAGCGUCCCAG